CUUACAUAUGAAACAUUAAUGUCCUCUUUAUUACUUAUUUCCUCUUUUUCUUGAACUAACAGUUCUGUAUGAAAAAGCUCAUUACUUUUUUCAAACAUUACUACUAACACCAUUGUAAAGUUGAUUUAAUUGUUUAAUUAAAGAGUGGAUAAGUAUUGCAUCGUUCUUCAUGUAACGAACCAGAACAUCUCUUUGCACAUAUUUACUGUUAUGCGUAUGAGAUAUUGAACAGCCAUGAGAUCUUCAGCACCAACAGUGAGAAUAGAUUUAUCAGCGAUGACUGUCGAAAGCAAUACUCACAAUCUGCCAACAAUUGAAGAAACUGCUGCAGUUAUUCAUAUUGAGUGUAGCAAUAAAAGCUUCCGUAAUAUCGUUCUUGUCUUGAGAAACAGCAAUAGAAAUGAUAGUCUUCGUCAUGGACCUGAUUUUGAGCAACGUUUUCAGCGUAUCAGCCAGGCUCAUGUUACGUACAUGCCAAUUCAUUAUGUGCUUUUACUUUCUCAUGGAACGCAUGGCUGGCAUUGGAGUUUGCGUAUCUCCUUUUCCUUCUUUACCCUUACUUCUUCGACCGCUGCUCCUGAUUGUUAUGAUGAUGAUUCAUGGUUACCUUGUGCCAUUUUGGAUGGAAAAGUUACCCCUUGUGCAGCCAUUAGAGGGAUUAAUGUCGAAAAUGGAGUCCAUUUACGAUGGACAAAUUUAAGUGAUACCGAACAAGGCUCAGAAAGGCCUGAUAGUGCCAUUUCUGUCAUUAUGCAGUCCAAUUGGGGCAAGAGCUUGGGGUAUGGAGAAGCGAAGAUUGCAGAACUCACCGACGAUAAGUUGAUGCUUGCUUGGGACCUGUGCCGCCUUGGGCAUUUCUCCAAGGAGACAAUAAAUAUCAGCAGUAUUAAGUCCUCGAUCCCUUUCCAAGUAAAAGGCCAUGGCAUAUCAAUUUACACGACAGCAUUGAGCGCAGAUGGGAUCUAG